CCCUCCUAGCCUACCGGUCCACGAUCCAAUCCGCGCCGUCCGUUCUCCCGCCGCAACCUUCGUCUUGUCCUCAAGGCCGUCGGCGGCCACCGCCCGCAUACACCAUGAAACCACCGCGGCUCCUUCCCCUCCUCCGCCGCCGCCUCUCAUCCGCCGCUGACGCCGCCGCUGAUGCCGCGGAGCUUGCCAGCGCGCUCUCCGUGGCGCCCUCCCCCGAUGCGAAGCGCGACCUUGCCAUCCUGCUCCGCCGCCUUGGCGGCCGCGGCCUCGCAUCCGCCCUCUCGUCCCUUCCGGCCCCCCUUCCGGCCUCCUCCGCCCAGCGCCUCCUCCAGCAUAUUCUCUCCGACGCCCACGCUUCCGCCUCCCGCCACGCCGAGGAUCUCCUGUCUCCCCGCGUCUCUACGCUCCUCCUCCAAUCGCUCGUCGCCGAUCGCGCCUCGCUACCGUCCGCGCGCCGCCUCGUCUCACGCCUCCUCCGCUUCAACCCUCUGUCCGUCGCCGCAGCGGCUAUCGCGGACUCCCACUGCACUGCCACAGCGGACCUUCUCGUCCGCGCCUGCCUCAACUCGCCUGCCCCCGGAUCCCUGUCCCGUGCCGCCGAUGCCUUUCUCGAGCUUUCCGCACGUGGUGCAUCGCCGUCCAUCAAGACAUGCAGUAUCCUUGUCGAAGCCCUAGGUUGUGGUGGCCAACUGGACGUGGCCCGCAAGGUGUUUGGAGAAAUGCGGGAUGGCAAGACUGUUGCUCCUGAUGUGCACACAUACACGGCGAUGAUUAAGGCACUCUGCAGGGCUGGAGAGAUUGAUGCUGCUUUUGCAAUGCUUGCGGAGUUGCGGCGGUCUGGGAUCCAACCAACGGUUGUCACUUACAACGUGCUAAUGGAUGCACUGUGCAAGAGUGGGAGGGUGGAGGAGGCCUUUCGGUUGAAGGGGAGAAUGGUUGAAGGCAGGGUGAGACCAAGCAUUGUCACGUUUGGCAUCCUGAUCAGUGGUCUUGCAAGGGGCCAGCAGUUUGGGGAGGUUGGUGCAGUGUUACAGGAGAUGCAGGGUUUUGGGAUCACCCCUAAUGAGGUUAUUUACAAUGAGAUGAUUGGUUGGCAUUGUAGGAAAGGGCAUUGCUCAGAGGCGCUUAAGCUGUUUGAUGAAAUGGUCUCAAAGGGGAUAAAGCAGACAGUGGUGACUUACAACUUGAUUGCGAAGGCUCUGUGCAAAGAAGGAGAAAUGGAACAUGCUGAGAAGAUAUUGGAUGAGAUGUUGUUGGCUGGGAUGAUGGUUCAUUGCAGCCUGUUUAAUAGUGUGGUUGCAUGGCAUCUUCGAGGAACUGGAAGACUGGAUUUGGUGCUAAGGCUUAUAAGAGAAAUGCUUGCCAGAUUUCUGAAACCAAAUGAUGCUCUGAUGACAGCUUGUAUCCAGGAGCUUUGCAAAAGUGGGAAACACGAAGAAGCAGCUGAAAUUUGGUUCCAAGUAUUGGGUAAAGGUUUAGGUGUCAAUGUUGCAACAUCCAAUGCGUUGAUUCAUGGGCUUUGUCAAGGUAACAACAUGAAAGAGGCUACUAAGGUUCUAAAGGCUAUGGUGAAUAGCGGGGUUGAAUUGGAUAGAAUCACGUAUAAUAUAAUGAUUCAAGGCUGCUGCAAAGCCAGUAAAAUGGAUGAAGCAAUACAACUUCGUGAUGAUAUGAUCAAAAGAGGGUUUAAGCCUGACCUUUUCACUUUUAAUAUUUUCUUACACACUUACUGUAAUUUGGGUAAGGUGGAAGAGAUCCUUCACCUGCUGGAUCAGAUGAAAAGUGAGGGCCUUAAACCAGAUAUUGUGACAUAUGGCACUAUAAUAGACGGUUACUGCAAAGCAAAGGAUAUGCACAAGGCGAAUGAAUAUUUGACAGAAUUGAUGAAAAAUGGGUUAAGACCGAAUGCAGUCAUCUAUAAUGCUCUUAUUGGUGGUUAUGGUAGGAAUGGUAACAUUUCUGAUGCAAUUGGUAUUCUUGACACUAUGAAGUAUAAUGGCAUACAACCAACACCUGUAACUUACAAUAGCCUUAUGUAUUGGAUGUGUCAUGCUGGUCUUGUUGAAGAGGUGAAGGCAGUUUUUGCACAAUGUAUAGUAAAGGACAUUGAGCUUGGAGUAAUUGGCUACACAAUUAUAAUUCAAGGUUUUUGCAAAAUAGGAAAAAUUGAUGAAGCUGUGAUGUACUUCAAGGAAAUGCAUUCCAGGGGUAUACCUCCAAAUAAGAUGACCUACACCACUCUGAUGUUUGCCUAUUCCAAAUCUGGCAACAAAGAAGAAGCUUCCAAGCUUUUUGACGAGAUGGUGAGCUUAGGCAUUGUUCCUGAUAGUGUUUCCUACAAUACACUAAUUUCAGGGUUUUGUGAGGUGGAUUCAUUGGAUAAGAUGGUAGAAAGUCCUGCUGAAAUGUCCUCACAAGUUUUGAAACAAGAUGGCUGUUCGUACAAUGCUUUUGUUGAUGGAAUAACUACACCCUGGUGCCAGAAAGAGGCUGUGUCUAAUGCUGAAUGAUGUGUAACCAAGGAUGAUGUAAGAAAGGAGACUAACUUUGAGCUUGAUAGAUCAUCAUAAUGUUCAUCAGUUCUUACUGCUCAUUUGUUGCGGUUGCGGGUCAUAAUCUUUUGGUGGUAAUGCCAUUCAUGCCAGAAGGUUCACGUUUGCACCUAAUGAUGGUUGCAUAUCUGAUGGUUUUGAAGAUCCAGUUAUUGCGUCUAUUCUAAAUGAAACACUCAAAGCUCUAGACUACCCCCAUAGCCAAGUGCAUAUUCAUCGUGAUGUGAAGGUAAUAUCCUUAUUGUAAUCCCAGUGUAGUCAAGCUUGGGGACUUCGGUGUCUCUGCUUGCAUUUUUGAUAGGGGUGAUAGGCAAAGGGCUAGGAGUACAUUUGUUGGAACACCGUGCUGGAUGGCUCCAGAAGUUCUCCAGCCUGGAACUGGAUAUGAUUUCAAAGCUGAUUUAUGGUCAUUUGUAAUAACCGCACUCAAGCUGGCACAUGGACAUGCUCCCUUUUCAAUGUACCCUGCUAUGAAGGUUCUUCUCAUGACGCUCCAAAAUGCUCCUCCAAGUGUGAAUGCUUUCUGAUUAUAGUUUUCUAUCACAAUCUUUCUGUUCUAGAAUGCCGUUUCAGUCAUUAUUUGUACAGAGACUGGGCAUUAGGUUAGAUUAUUGUGGUUGCUCUUCUAAUUAAAGUUUUUUCAGUUGUAAUCAGUCCUUCAAGGAAAUGGUUGCAAUGUGCUUGGUUAAAGAUCAAACAAAGAGGCCAGCAGCAAAAAUUACUUAAGCAUUCUUUUUUCAAGAAUGCACAACCUCUGGAGCUAACUGUUAAGCAUUUUAACUGAUUUGCCCCCUCUUUGUGAUCGUGUAAAGACACUUCAUUUUUUUCUAUGUACUUUUUUUCUUAUUUCUGUUUCACAUAAUGCUUGUGAUAGUUUUUCUUAGUUAAUGACUUUGUAUUUCCAGCUAAAGGAUGAAGCACAGCUAGCUUUGAAGAGAAUGCCUGCUGCAAAACAAGAAGCACUUUUCAUGAGAGAAGCUUCUAUUCCCUACAACGUGUACCUUUCCAGAGCUGCAGAAAUUUGAAAGCACAAACCAAGAUGGAUUCUAAAAGCUAAGCCCUUGAACACCCCAAGAUCUGUGUGACUCCAGGUGAGUACCAACAAGGGUUAGUGCAUGGAACUUCGAUAUUGAGGAUCUAAAGUCUCUGGCAUCACUGGCUCAACACGAGGAACAUUAUUAGGAGAAAAAAGCUCAAGCUGGAAGGCAACAACUACAAUUGUGUCCUAUGCAAGAUGAAUGUUGAAGAAAUGGCAUUUCACCUCUUCUUCACUUGUUCUUCCAGCCAGCUCUGUUGGCAGUUCCGUGGCAUUCAGUGGAUCUUACGUCAGAUUUCUUCCAAAUGAUAAUACAAGCCAAAAAAAGUUUUUCCAUAUCCUUUCGUCAUGGAAGUGUUCAUUAUCUCUGCAUGGCAAAUUUGGAUGCAGCACAAUAACUUCAUUUUUAACAGAGGAUCUCCAUCCUCCUCUUCAUGGAGAAGAUGUCUCAAAGAUGAAGGUCGACUACAAGCAUAUAGGAUUUCUGAAAACAAGCGGCCUGUUUUUCUCUCCUGGGUUGAUUCCUUUGUAUAGUUUUUUGUUUUUUUUUCUGGGCUUAGCAGGAGUGUUUCCUUUUGUUUUGUACAGUGGUUGUUUUUGUGUUUUAAUAAAAUCUAACAGUGGAGAGCUCAGCUGUUUUCCUGGUUAAAAAAAAUCUGAAUCUAACAGUGGUUCAAAAAAUAAACUAACAGUUGGGACCUCUGCUUGUCCCGGGAGAGGCAUUCGAAGAGGCUGCGGAGCAGAAGGAACCCGGGUAGAAAAGAAAGAAUCGUAGUAAUUUUGUUUCGUGAGUCAUCCAUUUGCUGUGAAGGGUCGUUGGUUAAGUGUUGCCAUCAGCCACGUGAGAUACCUGCUCAUCUAUGAACCCUGAUGUGCCUCUUCGUC